AUGGUGAUGGCGAUCGUGCUCUCCGUGGCGCUCCUCCUGGUGGGGAUCGCGGCGCUGGUGGCCGUCCACGUGUGCCUCGUGGGUCGUCCGUUUCGCAGGGCGGGAGUAGGGUUCGAGACGAUGGGCGGCGUCGGCGGCGUAAGUGUAGUCGGCGCCAGGGGCUUGUCCCCUGCCGACUUAGAGAAGCUCCCCUGCUACUACUACUACUACUACGUCGACUCGGGAGGAGGGGCGGAGGAGGACGACGACGACGACGACGUCAAGGGGAGAUCGGACGGCGCCGGGGACUGCGCCGUGUGCCUGGAGAGCUUCCGGAUGGGCGACACGUGCCGGCUCCUCCCCGCGUGUCGCCACAGCUUCCACGCGCGCUGCGUCGACUCGUGGCUCGCGAAACGACCGAUCUGCCCCGUGUGCCGCCGCGUCGCCGCCGACGAUGGCGUUGGGGCAGGGGCAGGGGCAGGGGCAGGGUUGGGCGCGAGACACCACAAUUCGACCGCUGGGGUUUCGACGGCUCCUGAUCCAUCAUCACCCGCUUCGCACGUGAUCCCUCCGCCCCAGAUUUAG